AUGGCGGACGAGGGCGACUCUGAGCCGAAGAAGUCCUUUAAACUCCUGGGAUUUCUUGAUGUUGGAAGUGUCCCAUGUGCACGAGAGUCGGUGCUCUAUGGCUCCCUGGGAUCUUUCGUUGUGGGUCUUGGACACUUUUUAGCAACUAGUAGAGUUAGAAGAUCCUGUGACUUUGCAAUCGGUGGCUUUAUUUGCACAAUGUUGGGAUACUGGUUUUACUGCCGGUACAAUUUGGCCCAGCACAGGAUCCGGCAAAGAAUGCUUAAGGAAGGAAUGAGAAACAAAAUUUUGUUUGAAGGCAGUUCUCUUGAUCCAGAAAAAAGCCAAACUGGCAAUGAAAGAAGUGAUUCAUAGUCUACUACAGAGGAAUCUGUGGUCUAAUACAGCUUUGGGAGAAGGUGGUCCAAAAAUGGCAGUCUUCCCUGUAGAUGCAUGAGGUGCCUAAAGCUUGUAAAUCAUGCUGGUUUUCCUAGCAAACACAAGCAAGAAAUGCCUAUCAGUUCUAUUCAGUUGGUACAAGCCUUUCUUUAUUUCAUAUAUGUGUGUAUGACUAUGUACACAGUUAGGAUUGACAUCCUAUUAAACAUCUGGGAACUGAGGUGGUCUUCUUACAUGGUUUAUGAGGUCUAUUACAAGGUUCCACUAUAAAUGGAAUGUUUUGUUUUAGCGAAUUGGUAACUAUGCCUCAUUUUGAUACAGCAAAAUAUUUUCAUCAUCUAUUCUCUGUGUAAAUGUAUGUUUUAGUGAUACUCUUAAUUGUGCUGUUUGUAAACAAGGAAUAUUAAACAGUAGGUGAAGGCUUUGCUUCUGCAAGAUGGGUGAAUACCAGUAGUCUUUGUAAGAUUUCAGCUGCAGAGUAACUUCAUUGAUUUAUAUACGCUGUGAAGUUGAAGGAUUUAUAUCUUUCUUUGGUCUGUGUGAAAUAAAGAAUAAAAUGACACUUCAGAAGCAGUCUAAGCUAUGUAAGUAACUAAUAUUUUUACUUGAUUAAAAAUCUUGCCCUUCUAUUUAAGUGAUUUCCUUAAAACUGGUGGAGUAAUAAUAAUUUACAUUAUUUGUAAGUAGCUGUGGUUGGUAGUUGUGGUUUUUUUUGUUUUGAAAAAGGCAUGUUCUACUUGUAUAUUUCACUGUACAUUUUCAGUGGAAAGCAGUAUCGUUAUAUAAUUUAAAGGAAACUGUCUUAUUUAGAAAUACAGUGUUAGAUCUAAUUGUGUAUUAGUAAAAAGAUGAAUGAUAGCACAACCAGUAACACAAUGUAUUUACCUUUUUUCACAAAGUGAUUUACAGUGUAUUGUACUGUAAGCACUUUUUUGGUCUAAAGGCAUUCGCUGAGCAAAUGCUAGUGAGGCAUGCUAAUUACACUAAGAUAAUAAAACUUUUGCCCUCUGGAUUAGCCUCUCAAAAGAAGAAAACAAAUUUGUAUGCUGUUCCAUUUUUUCACUCUCUUC